GAGAGAGAGAGAGUGUGUGUGUGUGUGUGUGUGUGUGUGUGUAGGGGGGGGGGAGCGCUCCACAAACCCGCCCCCCGAGCCUGCGUGUCCGGCGGAGCCGCGGGAUGAGCCGGGGGCGGCGAUGAGCGCGGCGGGGCCGGGGGCGGCGGCGGCGGCGCCGCUCUCCCGCAAGCAGCGGCUGAUGGCCGCGCUGGCGGCCGGCGAACCGGCGGCGGGCGGCCCCGGGGCUCCCCAAACCCCGGCGCCACCCCUCUGCUGCUUCAUCUGCGGCGGCGGCAUCAGCCGCGGCAAAGAGCUCAAGCUUCAAGUGCGACCCCCCCGCGACCACCGACCCUUCUUCCCCUUCCUCCAGCACCAGGAGCCGGCGCCCGGCGCCCGCGCCGUCUCGGCGGAGGGCUGCGCCUUGGUCUGCGCCGUCUGCCGCUGUUUCCUGGGCGAGCAGUGGGACUCCUUCGAGCGCAGCCGCACGCCGGUGGAGAAGCGCAUGUACUGGCUCAAACGGCCCCAUCAGUGCGAGGCGGCGGCGGCGGCGGCGGCGGCGGCGGGGGGAGCCGGGCUGCGGCGGGGGGCGACGGGCUGGGACCCCGCCGCGCCGCCGCGCCGCCCCGCCGGCCCGGAGGAGGAGGAGGAGGAGGAGGAGGAAGAGGAGGAGGAGGAAGGGCCGGCAGCCGGCUCCGACCUCUCCGAGCUCUCCGACGCCGAACCCCUUUCCGAGCCCGAGGGGGCGGGCGGCGGGGCGCGGACCCCCCCGGCGGCGGCGGGCAAGCGGGGGCCGCCCUGCUGCUCCUCGGAGGACAGCGAGAUCAACAUCACCAGCGAGGAGGAGGAGGAGGAGGAGGAGGAAGGCAGCGAGCGGGCCGGUUGGGCGUCGGGCACCGCCUGCUACAUCUGCGGCAGCCCCUUGUCACCCGCCACCCAGCACCGCGUCCACGUCCAGAAGCAGGAGAAGACCUCGCCGGCACCCUUCUUCCCCUUCCUCUGGCUGCACAGCCCUCCGCCGGGCGCCCAGCCCCUCUCGCCCGCCGGCAGCACCCUGGUGUGUCCCUGCUGCUUCGCCUCCCUCAUGCAGCAGUGGCAAAGCUUCGAGCUGGCCAACGUGCCCGUGCUGCAGCGGCUCUACGUGGUGCCCCUCAACGCCGCUGCCAUGCCCGCCAAGGGACGGCGAGGGCUGAAGGAGGAUGGGGUGGGCGCCCCGCCGGCCCCCGAGGCUUGCUACCUCUGCGGGGAGGAGUGCGGCAAGGAGGCGAGACCGGUGGCGGCCAAGAUCACCAACGGCAAUGCGAAGAGCACCAUGCAUUUUCCCUUCCUCAGCCUCCUGCCGUGCCCGCCCAGCGCCAAGGGGCUGAACAAGCACUGGGAGGUGAGCAGCUGCCGCAAGUGCUUCGGGGUCCUGCAGGACCUGUGGGCCAUGUACAGGGCCUGCCACAACGAGGAGCUCAUCACCUCGGUCCAGAGCUUCCUGGGGAGGUACCACCAGGUCUUCUCCGCCGGUGACUCCAGCGGCCUGGCCGGCCACCCCGCAGUCAAGCCUGGUCCCACCUCCGUCUGCUACAUCUGCGGGGCCGAGCUGGGAGCCGGCAAAGAGUUCCAGCUCAACGUCAACCCGCCGGGACGAUUUGGGGAGAAGGAGCCCUUUUUUCCCUUCCUGACGGUCUACCCACCUGCCCCACGGGCCAGACCGGCCGACUCAACCGGGCUGGUGGCCACCUGCGUCCUCUGCUACCAUGACCUGCUGGGGCAGUGGCUGCAGCACGAGGGCAGGAACUCCCACCACCCCAGCAGCGCCUGGUCCCGGCAAUACAAAGUGGAGACCUUCGUCUGCUUCUUCUGCCGGCAGGAGAAGAAGCGAUGCCUUGGAUUAAAAGCGGUUCAAGUGGCCAGGCUCCCCGUCUUCCUCUACACCCUCCGCGUGGCCAACAGCUUGCUGGUGGAUGACGGGAAGCAGCUGACCAUCGGCGCUUGUGCCGAGUGCGGUGCCGUGGUCCUGGCUGGCAAGAGCAUGACCCCGCCGGAGCUGCUGGUGGCGGCACCCCCGGCUCUCCUCCCCAAGGCGUCCUCUUCGUCCCUCGAGACAGCCGCCACCAAGCCUGUGGCCAGCGAGCCCCGGCACCGGGUGGCCAGCGCCGGGGAGAGCCCAGGGACAGGCGGUGGCACUGCCGCGGACAUCGGCCAGCGGACGGCUUUGGACGCGGAGGGUGCGGACACUGGAGCCACAAGCAUGAGCCAUGAGCCGAAGUCGCCGUCCCUAGGAAUGCUCUCCACCGCCACCCGCACCACCGCCACCGUCAGCCCCCUCACCCCCUCGCCUCUCAACGGCUCCAUCGUCCCCAAUGGCAGCCCGGCAGCCAGCAGCACUUUGUCCGUCCAGGCAGCACCUUCCUCCAGCUUCGCCGCCGCUCUCCGCAAGCUCGCCAAGCAAGCCGAGGAGCCCAGAGGGUCCUCGAUAAGCAGUGAGUCAUCCCCGGUCUCCUCGCCGGCCACCAACCACAGCUCCCCCGCCAGCACGCCCAAGCGCGGCCCCAUGGGCCCCAUCAUCGUGCCCCCGGGGGGCCACAGCGUGCCCAGCACGCCGCCCGUCGUCACCAUCGCCCCCACGAAGACGGUCAACGGGGUCUGGAGGAGCGAGGGCAGACAGCAAGAAGCCGGGUCGCGAAGCAGCAGCAGCAGUGCCGGCCGCGAGCGCCUCAUCUCGGAGCCCCCCCUCGCGCAGGAGAAAGCGGGGGGCCCCACCGUCCCCUCCCACCUCCUGGGGACACCCUACUCCUUCGGGCUGCCCCCCAGCUCCGUGGUCCAGGACUCCCGCUUCCCGCCUCUCAACCUGCAGCGGCCGGUCCACCACGUGGUGCCUCCCAGCGCCGUCACCGAGGAUUACCUGCGCAGCUUCCGUCCCUACCACACCGCCGAGGACCUCCGCAUGUCCUCCCUGCCGCCCCUCGGCCUGGAUCCGGCCACCGCCGCCGCUUACUACCACCCCAGCUACCUGACGCAUCACCCCUUCCCGCACCCCGCCUUCAGGAUGGACGACUCCUACUGCCUGUCGGCGCUGCGGUCCCCCUUCUACCCGCUGCCAGCGCCGGGCUCGCUGCCACCCCUGCACCCCUCGGCCAUGCACCUGCACCUCUCGGGGGUCCGGUACCCCCCCGAGCUCUCCCACUCCUCCCUCUCCGCCCUGCAGUCCGAGCGCAUCUCCAGCCUCGCCGCCGAGAGGCUGCAAAUGGACGAGGAGCUGCGGCAGAGGGAGCGGGAGCGCGAGCGGGAGCGGGAGAAGGAGCGGGAGCGAGAAGCCGACCGGGAGCGGGAGAAAGAACGCGAACGGGAGCGGGAACGCGAGAAGGAGCUGGAGCGAGAGCGGGAAAAGGAGCGGGAACGGGAGCUGGAGAGGCAGCGGGAGCGUGCCCGGGAGAAGGAGCUGAGCAUGGUGAAAGCCAUGGAGGGGCCCUUCCUCCCCGUGGCCGAGCUGCACGGGCUGCGGGGACACCCGGCCGAGGAGCGGGGCAAGCCGGUGGAGCCGCUGGCGCCCAGCAGACCAGAGAAACUCAAGGACUCGGUGCUGCCGACGCCGAAGCCCAUCCAGCACCCGCUGCACCCGCCGCCGGCCUCCCACCACCCCGUGCCCAGCCUCAUCCCCAACCACAACGUGUUCCCGCUGCCGGGGAGCAGCGCGGCCACGGCGCUGCUCAUCCACCGCACCAACGAGGAGGAGAAGUGGCUGGCCCGGCAGCGCCGGCUGCGGCAGGAGAAGGAAGAUCGGCAAUCCCAAGUCUCGGAGUUUCGGCAACAAGUGCUGGAGCAGCACCUGGACAUGGGGCGUACCCCGAGCCAGCCGGAGCCUGAGCAUCGCCCCGAGCACCCCAGGUCGGGAUCGAGCCGUCACGAGCCCAGUGGCCGGGAGCCGGGGCAGCACUUUGGCGGGCCCCCGCCGCUCAUCUCCCCCAAGCCCCAGCACCACCCCGUCACCACGUCCCUCUGGAACCCCGUCUCGCUGAUGGAGAGCCCCCCUGAGCCCCCCCGACGCCUCCCCGAGCCCCAUGCCCUCCACGGCCACCCGGCCCCCUUCGAGCCCAGCCGUCAGGGCAUCCCGCUGGUGAAGGUGGAGAGGGUCUUCUGCCCCGAGAAGCUGGAGGAGGGGGCGAGGAAGAGGGAUGCUCUGGAGAAAUACCCCCCAGGACGGGAGCCCGGCGCCCCGGAGCACGGGAGCUUCACCCACGCCCCGUUCCUAGCCGAGCUGGAGAAGUCCACGCAGAGCAUCCUGAGCCAGCAAAGACCCCCGGCCGCCCCCUUCGCUGAGGCCACCAAGCCCAGCUCGCCCUACCGGCCCCCCCAGCCCCGCGCCCAGGACCCCAUGUACAUCUACGACGAGUUCGUGCAGCAGCACCGCAGGCUGGUCAGCAAACUCGACCUGGAGGAGCGCCGGCGGCGGGAAGCCCGUGAGAAAGGUUACUACUACGACCUGGACGACUCCUGCGACGACAGCGACGAGGAGGAGGUGCGGGCCCAUCUCCGCUGCGUGGCCGAGCAGCCCCCGCUGAAGCUGGACACGUCCUCCGAGAAGCUGGAAUUCCUGCAGCUCUUCGGCCUCACCACGCAGCAGCAGAAGGAGGAAUUGCUGAGCCAGAAGCGGCGCAAGCGUCGGCGGAUGCUGCGGGAGAGGAGCCCCUCGCCGCCAACGGUACAGAACAAGCGCCGCACGCCCUCCCCGCGCCUCCCGCUCUCCACCCGCUACAGCCCCGACGAGAUGAACAACAGCCCCAACUUCGAGGAGAAGAAGCGCUUCCUCACCAUCUUCAACCUCACGCACAUCAGCGCCGAGAAGAGGAAAGCUUCCCAUGCUGCAGACAAGGAGAAGCUGGUGGAGAUGCUGCAGGCCAUGAAGCAGAAGACCACGCCGGCCGCCGUGGUGGUGAAGAGCUCCCCGCGGGACAGUCCCAGCGGCCCCACCACCGAGCUGCCGGUGCCGCCGCUCCUGCUGGAUCCGGAUAAACCCGUGGGCAUCGCCGUCUCCGUGCCGGAGGGGCAGAAGAUGGCAGAGCCCAGCAGGUUAGACCAGCUGAGACCCCAGGAGCUACCGAGGGCUAAGGAGUCGGCCACCACGCCGGCAGAGAAGCCCCGGCUGAGCGACGGGCACCCCGGGAAGAAGGCACUCAGCAUCCUCAGCUACGUCAGGGGUCCUCUCCCCAAGGACAUCCCGGUGCCGCUGUCCCACAGCAUGAACGGCAAGAGCAAGCCCUGGGAGCCCUUCAUCGCCGAGGAGUUCGCCCACCAGUUCCACGAGUCGGUGCUGCAGUCCACCCAGAAGGCGUUGCAGAAGCACAAAGGGGGGACGGCGGCGCUGACGGCGGAGCAGAACCACAAGCUCGACGCCUCCAUCCACUACAACAUCCCCGAGCUGCAGGCGUCCAGCCGCCUGGCAGCCCCCCCCCACAACGGCACAGCCGAGGGGCCGCUGCCCCACCGGGCGCUGCCCCCGCUGCCCCACGACUCGGCCUCCGAGGAAGAGGAGGAGGAGGAGGAGGAAGAGGAGGAGGAGUACCCCAGGCCCAAGUGGCAAGGGAUCGAGGCAAUUUUUGAAGCUUACCAGGAACAUAUAGAAGAACAAAACCUGGAGCGCCAAGUGCUGCAGACCCAGUGCCGGCGGCUGGAGGCCCAGCACUACAGCCUGAGCCUGACGGCAGAGCAGCUUUCGCACAGCAUGGCGGAACUGAGGACCCAGAAGCAGAAGAUGGUGUCGGAGCGCGAGCGCCUGCAAGCCGAGCUGGAUCACCUGCGGAAGUGCCUUGCCUUGCCUGCAAUGCAGUGGUCUAGGGGUUAUUUCAAGGGGUAUCCCAGGUGACGCUCCUUGGGCUAGGCCGAACAUAUAGUCUAGAAAUAAUAAUCUAUUUUAUUACCUUGAAUAUUUAAUAUUUUUCACUGGGAGGUUUGAAGCUAAAAAAAAAAAUAAAAUUUAAAAAAAAAAAAAAAAAAAAAAAAGAAAAGAAAAAGAAAAAAAUAAAACGGAGAAUGUGCCAUGCAUGAAGCAAAGGAGCACGGGAGCCGGGAGCCCACCCGACGGCCAGCAGACCGCGUCCCCUCCCGUCCCCUCCCGUGCCGCCGGCCAUCCGCAAGCAACAGCCAGCCCGGCUCGGGCUCUCCUCCCGGGGGACAGGGCACUGCGGGCCCCCCCCUUACGCCCACCCACACUUUAGAGUGCUCAAUUUUUGCUGUUUUUUUUUUUGUUUUGUUUUGGUUUUUUGUUUUUUUUUUUUUUUUUUUUUUAAAAAAUUACAAUUUAAAGACUCCACCAACAACACUAAGGCCAGAGGAGCCCCGUGGGGCCGGGUGCGGGACCACUGGCCGGCAGCCACCGAGCCCCUCCGACUUCUUCCCGGCACGGCACCGGGAGCCUCCCCCCCUCCCCCUCCCCAAACCCCGGGGCUUUCCACUGGAAAUGCACUUCGCUAUAAAACAAUAAAGUCAAUAAACUGGUUGAAGGUACCUUUUUGUUCCUGUUUGGCGGGGAAGGGGCACAGCCACGCGCCGGCGGUGGCCCCGGCGGGGUUUCCUUGUCGGAGCCGGUCACCCUGGUUUUGCGAUUUGAGAGUCAAAAAGAAAAAA